AUGAAAGCUGCGCGCGCAGCCGCCUGUCCCCGCCCACCUCAGGGGGUGGGGCCUGAACGCGCAGGGUGCGCGCGCAACUCACGGUGCGCCCGUUCACGGCUUUCAUCACCGGGUUCCGGGUACCUGGCGGACCUGAGAGGCCGCUGCCCCUCCCCCACCCUGGACCCUCCCGCGCUGCAGACGCCCCCAAGAUGGGGCCCCCGAACCCCAGGACUCAGGAGGACUCACCCGGGACCGGCCAGAAGUUGCCGCGGGGCCUUCCGCUCCCCUCGGCCGUCUCCCCGGUCUGGCCAGGCUGAUGGGGCCAGUGAGGGUUCUCUGCCCCUUGACAUUCAGAAACUGAAGGAAAAGAGAGACACACUGGACAAGGAAAUCUCCCAAUUAAUAUCUGAAGGCUACAGUGUGGAUGAAUUAGAUGACCACAUCUCCCAGCUCCACGAGUAUAAUGACAUCAAGGAUGUUGGCCAGAUGCUGCUGGGCAAACUCGCCGUGAUCCGAGGUGUCACCACCAAAGAGUUGUAUCCAGAAUUUGACCUGGACGUAAAUGACUGAGCAGAGGUUAGCGCCCUUUGUCCAUAACCCACCAGGACCAGCGGAUGUGGACAUGAGGAGCAGAGAGCGCCCCACCGAGCAGCUGCAGGGUUUCCACUGUUCUAGUGGCCCCCGCUGAGUCAGGAGGGAGCCAGGGAGGAGGGAUGCUCUGGCUCUGCAGUUCCCGAGCUGUCCCAGUGCUGCCCUCACACGUGUGUGUGUGUGUGUGUGUGUGUGUGUGUGUCCUGUCUGUAAAUAAACACGAGCCAUCUCCAUGUGCAUCCGCGUGCUGAUUCCUGCUCCUCCCGCAGCCCCGUUUUAUGCUAAUUCCAGUAAAGAAUUUUAGCUAGCCCCAUUUUAUAGACAAGGAAACAGGUUCAGAGGGGCAAAGUGACUUGCCCGAGGUCACACAGCCAGUAAGUGGCAGAGCAGGGAUUGGUGCCAGGUCUAUCUCCAAAGCGGGUUUGCUGUUAAUCCUGCCUUUCUGGGUUGGGAGACGAGCAGGUAACAGCUGAGAGUGAAGUGGCAACUUGGGAAGCCUUCCUUGUAAAUCAGUGCCAAAUGAAGUCUCCCCUCCCUGCUUGUAACUCUCUACCAAGCAAGGGGACGCUCUUGUCAUUUCUUCUUUGGUGACGUCAUGAGCAACCAUUGUUGCUGGAGUGUGGCCAUGGAGAAAGGCUGGGAUGCACAGUGGAAGGCCUUCUGACCAGUCCAUUCUGAUUGACCCUGGCCUGCUGGCCAUUCUCAUGAGAUUGGGGAUGUGAUAGCAGCACUUGGGGACAGGUUGUCUUAAGUCUGAUUUCUAGAACUGGCCAUGCAAGUCCAGCCCUAUACACUUAGGAGCUGUGUAGCCACAGCAUCUGUGCCUUGACCUCUUGUCAGUGAAAAUUCUAGCAAUACUGUGUUCAUCGGGGAAAUAGCAUAGCUACCUGGACAAACAGCCCCCAGAUCUCUGUGUAGAGGAACAUAAUAAAGGUUUCUUUGUUGCCAACUGUGGUGAGGGUCUGGUAGCCGGCUAGCCUUCCAUUUCAGAGCUUCCUCCCCAUACCCCAAGCAGGAAAGUGAGAGAUGGAGAGGAUCCAUGAUACCCCUAUCCCAUGGGCAGAUGUCCUUGUGCUCGAAGACUAUUAUUCACAACAGGUGGCCCCCAGAGGGAGACUGGGAAGUGAGGGCACACCUGGGUGCUUGAGGGUACUUCCAGGAUUUGGUGAGGACCCAGCACCAAGCAGUGCUGAGUCCGGCUCCUGUUCAGUGCUGGACAGCAACCCCUCAUCAGGCACCAGCAGGGACCGGGGUUCCAGGCUGUGGACACUUGGGGGACAGGACACCUUCCAAGACUCUGAGACUCAGGAUAGUACUGAGCCUCAUACAUUUCACACUUUUCCUCUGCUUACAUACCUUGAUGUUAAAUGUAUCAGGCAUGAUAAGAGGUUAACAACAGCCACAGUAAGCCAGAACAGUUAGAGCAUACUAUUAUAACUCCACUCUAUACUGUAACUAUACAGCAACAAAAGUUACAUGAAUGUGGUGUUGCUUUCUCGAUAUCUUAUUGUUCAUAAUAUUUUCAGACUGUGGUUAAUCACAGGCAACAUGAAACCACAGAAAGCCAAACCACAGGUUGGAGAGGAUGCCCUUCCCCGCGCCCCACACACUCCUGCAUGCAUCCUCAGUUGGGAGUUUUUCUUGACAUUUCUUAGACUUUUCACAUCACAAUGGCAGCCGCUUUUCACAAUCUCCAUUUUGUGCCUCCGUUUGGUACAUGAGGAAACCGAGGCCCAGUGAGUGGAAGCAACUUAUCAAAGACAUAGUGGCAGAUUUGGGACAAAAGCUGAUUGGCUCCUGAUCCCAGGCUUCUGACCCAGAACCCCACACCAGAGGCCUUGCAUGUCACUCCUUCCAGCCUGGGUGUCCUCUAAAGACAAGACUGUCAGAUUUCCCCGCACCUCUCAAACUCCAUAGGUACCUAAUGGAAGGCGGCGCUGAUCCUGUUUGCGUCGGUCUUGCGUAGGUCUUGGGUAGGUCUUAGGAACCCCAGUGAAGAACGAUCCAGGACUCUUGGCAUCUGAGCAUCUCACAAUUCUUAAGCCCUUAAUCGUCACCUCGCCUGACCCACUCACCACUUCAGGCCACAUCACUUGAUAGUGGAAGAGCAGAAGGAGAGGGGAGCAGCCAGGCUGGGAGCCCCAGGAGUAGUGACCCUACUACUUCUCAGGAGGUUUCUCCCUCCCCCAUUCUCUCCACAAAGAGCUGCCUUCUCUUGCUUCUGUCCAUAUAAAAGUCUCUCAGUGGCAGGAGCUGGGGCGCAGGGUCUCUGGGUCUCUUCCUGCCAGCAGGAAGUCAGGGAGCUAAGAAAUGAUGGUUACACGGUUUGCGGCUGUCGUGGAUUAUAGGAGCACAUUUGAGUGGCACUAGCCAGUGAGGGGGACAUUGAAGAAACGUCCCAGGGAGAAGGGACACCGAUGAGGGUGCAGCAGGAGCCCACCGGUCAAGAAUGGGAGAGGGCAGCUGGCCAGGUCCAGGACCAGUGUUCAGGGCCUCAGUCUGGAGAAUGUCAGGGACGGUGCUAUCCAGCAGCUUCUCUAGAUUCUUGGUGUGAAAGAAGUCUCUCUCCCAAACACAGUCUUAACCCAAUUCUGCAUUUUGGACAGUUUUUUUUUGGGAUGGGGCAGUUAGGUGCAGUUUUUGUUUUCCACAGCUCACCUGUAUUACUAUUACGACUUAAAAAAAAAUCUAACAAAGACAUUAAAAGCAGACACACAGAAAAAACCAAGAAAUGUUCCAAAGUAAUGAUGUUUAUUAGAUGGUAGGCUUAUGCGUGAUUUUUCCCUUUCCCCCACUUUUCUCUUCUGCUGUGGGCUGUGAGGCAGGGCAGACAGAAUCCAUCCCCCACCACACACCUACCUCACUUAGUUCUCGGUCCAGCUACUUCUUAAUCUGGUUCAUCCUUUUUCAUUUUCUUUCUUCCUCUCACAUUCAUUUUAUUUACUUACUUAUUUGUUUUUGCAUAUAAGAACCGGGAUGUAGGCCAGAGGUGCAGGGGGUAAGAGGAUUCACCAAAGAUAGAGUGGGGAGCAGAACAGAAGGAUUUUACUGAAAUACACUGCCGAGGGGAGCAGCAGGUGAGACAGGAGGGGUUUGCUGUGCCAUGUGGGUAGCUCCCUGGCCGGGGAUCGAACUUAGGCCACUGUGGUCAGCCAGGCCGAUAUGGUGGAAGUGCUGAAUCUCAACCCCUAGGCCAUCAAGAAGUUCCCUGAGUUGCCUGUCUUCGGGUAGGCAAAAAAUGGCACCGGUAGACUCCGGGCCCUCAGAUUGAGAAUGAAUACAGUUGGGUGCCCCAAAUACAUUUGCAGCUGGGGCUCAUCUUAAGACACCACGGAGGAGGCCUAGAAACAAGCCCCAGUCCCUUUCCCCUGGGUCAGCUCUGGGUGUCAUGCGGGCAGAAGCCUCGAGGGGGCAGUGUCGGCACAGAGAUGCGGCUCGGGCCAGGGAAGCCUCCGCGGGGAGGGCCUGGUUGGAAAGGUGGGGCCUAUCUAGGCACCGGUCCACUGGCCGGCUCCUCGGCGCGCCCCUUGUGGAGGAGGGGGUUCUCUCCAGCAGCACGCUUUCCAGGGAUCUGAAGUGACUCGGGGGAGUUAGGAGCCCCCGGACUGUGAGAGGGGGCCACAAGUGUGUUCUCUGAUGUUGGGAAGGACCAUGCCGGCGCUAGCAUUGUUUGAACGCAUCCGGUGUAAACCUCGCUCAAAAUCUCAUCUGGCAUUUAGACCUUUAGGGGAGUUCACAGCGCUCACACAAUGCAGCCUGCGAUCUCAUCCCUGGGGACCGAGAGGGGGCCUUCUGGGCAGCCUGACCUCACAGAGCAGUGUCACCAAACAGCACCCCACUUAAGCUUUGCUCAAAUGGAGGGUGGG